AUGCUGGGGUUGCACAAAAUAAACCGAACUAACCAUGCUUAUGGAUUGCUAAACAAGGAGAGAAACAAAAUAAUCGUGCCAAUAAAUGACUACACUGAAAUAAUACCAAAUAAUAAUAGCAAAAAUUGCAAAAAUAAAUAUAAAAAUAUUGGAAACUUACACAACAUUAUCAAUAGUAGUGUAUUUAAAAGUUAUAAAAAUGCUUAUUUUUAUAAAAGUAUGUUGAAGAUUGCAGAAAAUAAACAAAAUGAACUUAGUCUACAUCAAAUAAACACAAUUUUAAAAUCAUUGAUAAAGGCAAAAAUAUACAAAUAUUCAUUAUUCCAUUCUUUUCAAAUCCCUAUUUUAAGAUAUAUAAAUUCAAUAAAUUUUUCAAUUCAUAAAAUCGAGAAUACUAAUGUACACACAAAAGAAAGGAGUGGGAGAGAAAAAACAAAUCAAAAAGAUCUUAAUAAUAAUGUGCAGCUUACAAAUAAUUUAUGUAAAAAACUGAAUUUAAAUUUAAACAAAUAUAAAAUUGAUAAGCCAAAUGUAGAUAUAAAUUUGUACAUAAUAUCUGAUCAAAUUAAUAUUCUAAUUGACAUUUUUAAUGCUUAUAUGCAUGUUUUGAAUUUCCGUUUUAAUUAUUUAUGUAAUGCCUUAUUUUUUUUUAUAACAAAAAAUUAUAUAUAUAUAAAUGAAAAAGACAAAAUAGCGAACAUUUGGAGAAUGUAUAUACUGAUACUUAUGUCAAGGGAUAAUAUUAUACAGGCAAAUAAAGAUACCACCAAGAUUGAAAAUAAUAAGCAUGUUUAUAAUAAUGAUAUCAAAAGCAUUUCUCAUAAAAUAGGGAAUUUAAACCAGCCCAUUUCACCUGCCACCAAUCAUUCAAAUAUGAGCAGAACAAUAGCAUCAACAAAAAUACAAAAUAAGACAAUUCUAUAUAGAUAUAAGCAUGCUUGCAAUAUUAAUAUGAAAACGGUUUAUAAUUAUAAUAUUAUUGUAUAUAAAAAUAAGAAGAGAAAUAAAGCCCCAUAUUAUAAUAAAAUUUUUUGUAGAAAUAAUAUUAUUAGUCUAUGCAAAUAUAUCAUUUUAAUUUUUUUAAAAAAUCAAAAUAUAGAUUUAAGCAAAAAAAAAAAAACAUGUGUGCGUAUGGAAAAUAUAAAUAAUUUUAUAUCUAAUGGAUAUAUGUAUAAGUUAAUAAACUCAAAAUUAUCAAGAUAUUCACAAAUCAGAUAUUUAAUAAAAUAUAAUCAUAUAGAAAAUCCUAUGCUUUUAACGGGAGAAUAUUUUCCCAUUCAACUUUUAAGGGAUAAGAAUUUUCUUUUAAACUUAUUAAAUCGGAUGAUUGAAUUGAGAAUUAAUUCGAAUAUUUGUCGAAAAUAUAUAGAGAAGAAAAUAGGUGUAAAACCAUGA